AUGAGGAGCGCGGGGUCCGCAGGCAAGGGCGGUCGCGCCAAGUCCAACUGGCCCGACACCCCCAACGCGUUUCAAACUAUAGCGCCUCGGAAACGCGACGAGGCACGUGUCGUUCUUACCGCUUUCGCCGCCACUGCUGCUCCUGCCGUCGCCGCCCCUGCUCGCUGCUUCCCCGGCUAUUCUCGCCAACCUGUCUGCACUCCGCUUAUUCCGCUCCCCCAACCCAACCCCGCUCUCCCGCACGCGCCUCUUUCCCCCUCGGCAUUGCCAUGGACUUCAUUCCUCGCCCCUGUGUCCCCAACUUUCCGCCUUCCCCCUCUCGCCCCUCCCCUUGUUCCCGCUCUCUCCCCAUUCCUCCCCGCCCAGCCCUCCCCCUUCUCCCCCUGGCUCGCGCGCGCGCUGCUGUUCCUCCCCGGCCUCGCCACAGGCUUCAUUCUCGGCCGCCUGCUGGGGGGAAGCGGGGGAAGCGGAAAGGCCGCAGGGGGGAAGAAGGGGGAGCUGACGGCAGGAGGCGGGGGGAGCAGUAGCGGGCGGAAGGGGGGCGGAGGCAGCGCGGGGGGGAGGUCAGCGCCAGCGUUUGGGGGGAAGGCGGAGACGGAGGGGGCGGGGGGGCUGGUGGUGGGGCGGGGGAGUGAGCUGAAAAUGGUGCUGGUGGUGCGGCAGGAUCUCAAGAUGAGUUCUGGGAAGAUCGCCGCCCAGUGUGCCCUCGACUCAAAAAUGGUGGCGGGCCGGGGGAGUGAGCUGAAAGUGGUGCUGGUGGUGCGGCAAGAUUCUCAAAUGCGGGUGGGGAAGAUCGCCGCCCAAUGUGCCCCCCUCAACCCUCAAACCCACAACCCUUCCACUCAUGACCCCUCCUUCUCCUCUCCGUCCUGUCAUCCCCUCCUCACAUCCCCCCCUCACAUCCCCUCCUCACAUCCCCCCCUCACAUCCCCUCCUCACAUCCCCCCCUCACAUCCCCUCCUCACAUCCCCCCUCACCUACUUCCUACCAGACGCAGCAGUGGGUAUUCUCACCGACCUGCAAACAAGCAAUAAGGCAUUACUGCGGCAUUACGAGGCGUGUGGGCAGCCCAAGAUAGUGGUCUCCUGCAGCAACCUCAAGGAGAUGAACGAGCUGAGAGGGAAGGCACAGCAGCACCGGUUGCCAGUCUUUACAGUCUGCGAUGCUGGCAGGACUCAGGUGGCAGCAGGGUCCAAGGCAGUGCUUGCAGUGGCAGCAGGGUCCAAGACAGUGGCAGCAGGGUCCAAGACAGUGCUAGCAGUGGGACCAGCCCCUCCUCCCUCACCACGCCUCCUCCCUCACCACACCUCCUCCCUUACCACGCCUCCUCCCUUACCACGCCUCCUCCCUUACCACGCCUCCUCCCUUACCACGCCUCCUCCCUUACCACGCCUCCUCCCUUACCACGCCCCCAAUCUUCAACCCCCUUUCAAUCCUCCCUCCGAAUUCCCCCCUUCACUUGCGCCCCCUCACCGAAAUUCUCCCUUCACUGAACCUUUCACGGCCCUGUUGCCUGUUUAA